CCAGACAAGACCACUUGUCACUUGUCUUCAUCUAUGGAUAAGACAUAACCUUCAAUUUCCCAUGCUAGGAAGAUUGUUUUAAAGUGCCGUUGAUUUCAACUUUUUUGGCAUUUUAAACCAUGGAAAACGAAGGCAAAGGCCCGAAGAACCACAGAAGGAAGAAACCCGUAAAGGCGUUCACAAAGAAAAAGAAAACUGGGCAGCCUGAAAGUGUUCUCAUUGAAAACCUAAAGUCCCAGUACGACACGAUCGACGUGAGUAAAGUGGAGAAAUUCGUGGACUUGCCCCUGAGCCAUAAAAGCAUCAAGGGCCUGAAAGAGUCAAAAUACACCAAGCUAACCGACAUUCAAAAGGCCAGCGUACCUUUGGCGUUGCAAGGUAAAGAUAUUCUGGGGGCUGCCCAGACAGGCUCAGGCAAAACCUUGGCCUUUCUACUGCCUGUUUUGGAGCGCUUAUAUUGCGAACAAUGGUCCAGAGUGGAUGGCAUUGGCGCUCUUGUUAUCACCCCUACCAGAGAGUUGGCUUAUCAGAUAUUUGAGGCUCUGAAGAAAGUUGGGAAGUACCACGACUUCUCAGCUGGUUUGAUCAUUGGGGGCAAAGACCUGAAGUUCGAGAGGAAGAGGAUGGAUCAGUGCAACAUUGUCAUUUGCACCCCUGGGCGUUUGCUGCAGCACAUGGACGAAAACCCCCUGUUUGACUGUGUCACUAUGAAGAUUCUGGUGCUUGAUGAAGCUGAUAGAUGCUUGGACAUGGGGUUCCAGGAAACCAUGAACGCCAUUAUUGCCAAUUUGCCUCCAAUGCGCCAAACUUUGCUUUUUUCUGCCACCCAAACCAAGUCGGUUAAAGACUUGGCCAGAUUGAGCCUAAAGGACCCCUCAUACGUGAGCGUAAAUGAGAUGACCACUCCAAAGGGGCUGGAGCAAAGCUAUGUGAUCUGCGAGCUUCAAGACAAGCUGCAAAUCCUUUGGAGCUUCAUCAAAAACCAUCUCAAACAGAAGACAAUCAUAUUCUUCUCCACCUGCAAACAAGUCAAGUUUUUCUAUGAAAUCAUCUGCAAGUUGAGGCCUGGGUUGAGUCUCUUGCCGCUUUACGGCACUCUCCACCAACUAAGGCGCAUGAAAAUCUACGAGGAAUUCUGCCGAAAACAGUCUGCAAUACUUUUCGCCACUGAUUUAGCAGCCAGAGGCCUGGACUUUCCUGAAGUGCACUGGGUGGUUCAAGCAGACUGUCCUGAGGAUGUUGAGACGUACAUUCAUAGAGUGGGACGAACCGCUCGAUACUACAAAGGCGGAGAAAGUCUUCUCCUACUGUUGCCCAGCGAGUUAAAAAUGGUGGAACGCCUGGAGGAGAAGAAAAUUCCCGUGGAAAAAAUAGAAAUCAACAUGACUAAGGUGCAAAAUCCAGUUCGAAAACUCGAAGCCUUCCUGGCUAUGGACACCACAUUGAAAGACACCGCGCAGCGGGCUGUAAGCCACUAUGCCAGAGCGGUUUUCUUCAUGAAAAACAAGGACGUUUUCAACGUGCAAAGUCUGGAUUUCGACGCGUUUUCCAAGAGUUUGGGACUGGCAGUGCCGCCCAGAAUCCGGUUUCUGAGUAGGAUGAACAAGAAACUGCAGCAAGGCGCCGAUAGUGCGGUGGCCAACAAGCUGGAAAGCUUGGUGAGUGGCAGCAAAAACAAAACGUACUUCGAUAACUGCGACGACGAUCAGGAGCAACCAGCUGAAACCAAGGAAGCCCAAAAGAGCAUCAAGCAGAAAUCCAAGGAAAGUGAGUCUGAACCGGAAGAGGGCUACCAGUCUGAUGAAAGCGACACGAAUAUUGCUUCAUUCAAAUUCGAUGGAGGAAAAGGCGCAAACCGCGGCCUGGGGGGCAACUUUUUUACAUCAGACAGCGAGGAUGACGACAGCAAUAUGCUACAGCUCAAAAGGGUGGAUCAUGACAUUGAAACGCCGUCUGGAAUCGGAAACUUUGAGCCCGGAUCAGAACGCACUAGCAAAAAGAAAACCAUCACCAAAGCAGCAGUAGUAAAGAAAAUUAUAAAAAAGAAAAUCGUUGCCAACACGAAAAUUACCUUUGAUGAAGAGGGAAAGAGCGCUGUGGUGCAUGGAACGAAGGAAAAGAAGUCCGAUUUAGGCAGAGAGUAUGAGAAAGAGGAUGCGGGCGGAAUAGACAUUGAGAAAGCGAAACUGGUGCUGAGGGAAGAGGACAAGUUUGAUAAGCAAGUGUUCAAGGAUAAAGUUAAGGCCAAACACAGAGAGGAGAAGAAGCGCCUGAAGGCCCUCAAACAGCAGGAGCAAGAGGGAGAAAGGGACGAGUUUGGAGAGAGCGACGAGGAUGAAGGCCCUGACUUAUCGUGGCUUCCUGAUCCCGACCAAGUGUAUGAGCAGCCUGCAGAUUCAGACGAAGAAAACGGCCCUGAAAGUAGACUGUCAUCGGCAUUGGACGAGAGCGAAGACGCAAAAGAACCAGGAAGCAGCAAAGCCAAAACGGACAAAAGGGGCAAGAAGCGGAAGCAGAAAGGGGUGAAUGAUCUGGAAACGGUGCUGAAGCGGAAAAGGAAGCAACGGGUCGAGCAACUAACUGCCGACCUAAAUGUAAACGAAACGGAAGAGUUGGCUUUAAUGCUGCUCAGAGGUAGAAAGUAAGAAAUAUUUAGUUUAAUAUAUUUUUCUUGUAUAAAA